AUGACAGUAGCUGACCAACUUAAACUAACGAUGCUGGUCAACGCAAGCGCCGAUAUAGAUGAAGCGUCGAGUUGCGUGAUCACGGCAGUUAAAGCAAAAAAGCCUUCGAAGGCCCAGCUGAAUCAAAUCAGCGAUAUUAAUAGAAGAAUUUACAAGACGAAGUGAGUGAUAUAAGCUGGCAAUUAAGCUUUCCAUGCAUGUAACUUAAAUUUCUUGAACACGACUCCAGAGUUUGUAUUUCAAAUUUUGCGUUGUUUAGCUUUUCAUCAUCAACACAUGAACACUGGCUUGAAUUUGAGAACGUUAUUAUUCUAGGUUGUAAACACGGUGUAAAUUUUUUUUACAAAUAUACUUCCUGCAUUAUUUCAUUUCUGCUUUUUAUUUGUAAGCCCCAAGUUUUGCGGGUCGAUCAUUUCGGAAACGAUAGCUGAAACGAUACUUCUUUCUUAAACAAUUUGGAUUUUUGUCAAUUUAUUGAAAGUUUCAACAACUGUUGAAUCUUUCCCUUAAUAGGAGAAAAGCGAUCAGAGCGGCAGCAAUCAAACGAUGGCCGGGGAACAACAUCCCCAAAUUCAAAACCAACAAGACAGCUGUAGCAGAGUUAAAUCAGUUAGUGGAAGAGCUUGUGGCUGAAUGCUCUUUUCCGCCUUUGAACUUUGGGAGAUGGUAUCAAACAACACAUUUUGGAUGUAUUGAAUGA